UUUGGUUCUUUUUUCCUAUAAAAGCAAACCUAAAUAUUCCACUAUUCAACAUUCUUCAAUUUUCUUCACAAAUCUACACGCUUCUCAACAAGUCCAAAUGGAUUCUACGGUUACAACGGCCAUCAAGGUGGAGGAAUACAGCUACAGCGCGGAACAUCUGUCAGAUGACAUUGACGACACGCAGCGGGACAUCACCGUCGAGGAAGACGAGCCAGCCGAAAACGAACCAGUGGAGGGCGUCGACUCGUGCCGUGAACUUCACGAAACUGCAAGGGAGACCAUCAGUGACGAGGAUAAUGUGCUGCUGGGAGAUGAAGAAGACGAAGAUCUGCCAGCCGAUGAGACGCAGAGGGAGGAAGAAGAAAAGGAAGUUGAAACGGCUGUGACGGACAGCGACGGAGAAGAGGAAGAGGUGGACAUGAACGCUCUGAUGGCUGCUGAGCUCGAUAACUACCCAAACAUGGACCGCUGCACCAGUGACUGUGACACGGCAACUGUGUAUUCCGAAGGCGAGGAAGAGCAGCCGCGCAUGUACAUUGUUGGAGAGACUAAACCAAGUGAAAUAUAA